GCAAACACAAACACAUUCGUCUCUCACUAGCUAGGUAGCACAAGUGUAACUAGCUAGCUAGUAGUCGUCUCUGUCUCUUUGAGAGUUCUCAUGGCUAAUUCCUCACACAAAACAGGUGUGUUCGUGCUUCUCUUGUUGACAGCGUCAUCGUCCAUGCUACAGGCUACUAGGGUGGCGGCGCCGCCUACUGACCGCCGGCAUGCACAAGCUGCACAUCAUCAAGCGCACGUCAAAGAGACCUUACCGAGCCCCGCAGCUUCCCAAGAAUCGACGACAAGAGAUAUGGCACCGCCUUCCAGCGAUGCUGAGACGACUACCGCCGUCGCCAAGCGUUGGGGGACGACGACGACGACGUCGACGCAGGUGCCGGACGGGUCGGUGCCGAGCCCAGGCAUAGGCCAUCAGCAAAUACUACUGCAGCAAUAAACUGCGCGAACAAAUGUCUAUACAUACAUAUAGAUAUAUACAAAAUAAAGCUAGGUAUACCUUGGACCUAGCUAGCUAUAAAUAUUAUAUUGCUGGAGUUAUACGUAUAUAUCGAUCGUCACUACUAUAUGCAUAUGUACGGUAAUCUGUCAUAUACGAAAUGGCAUUUCCUAACAUGAUUCCCAUAUAUCUA